AUGUUCGUUGGAUUGGUGAAACUUCGAGCAUUGAAUCUAAAUGGAAAUAAGCAGUUGAGAAUCAUCGAGCCAGGAGCAUUUCGAGACUUGCAUUCGUUGCCAGCUCUACAUCUGGACGAUACAGCAAUAACCGCCUUGCAAGCAAACACUUUUGAAGGCUUGGAUACUUUAGAGGAACUCUACUUCACCAACGGCUCCUUACAAACUGUAGAAGACGGCGCUUUUGAAUCACUGAUACUUUUGAAUAAGCUGGAUCUUCGCAAUCAAGAAAUUGAAACAUUUUCUGGUGGUCUGUUCAGUGGUUUGGACACACUGGAAUAUCUUUACACCGACUCUUACCGCUUCUGCUGCGUUAAACCUGCGUCAGUCGCAGACGAAAACUGUAAACCGGAAGCAGACGAAUUUUCGUCCUGUACGGAUCUAAUGAGGCGAGAGACUUUGCGAAUAUUUAUGUGGAUUUUAGGGCUGGUGGCAGUUGCGGGAAACUUUUUGACCAUCUUGUACAGGAUUAUUUUCGACAGAGCAGGAUUCAAGCGCGGUUACGGCAUAUUUGUUACUAAUUUGGGCAUUUCAGAUUUCUUGAUGGGGAUCUACAUGUUGAUAAUUGCGUCCGCUGAUGCUUUGUUUCGUGGAAGGUACAUUUGGAACGAUUCUUGGUGGCGGAACAGCCCGUAUUGCCAACUAGCUGGUAUUUUGACCACAGUCUCCAGCGAAGCCUCGGCGUUGUUUCUUUGCCUGAUCACCCUGGAUCGUUUCCUGAUCAUCAAGUAUCCUUUUGGACAAUACAGGUUCACCAGAAGAAGCUCGCUGAUUGGAGUGUCUAUUGUGUGGUUGUUUUCCGUUCUGAUGGGUCUGAUACCCAUACUACCAGGAACUGGAUUUACUGGUAGACUCUACAGUCGUACUGGAAUAUGUCUGGCGCUACCAUUGACAAGGGACAGAACUUCAGGCUGGCAAUUUUCUACAGGGUUGUUCAUCUUCUUCAACUUCGUCACCUUCCUGCUGAUCUGUUUGGGACAAAUAAUGAUGUACAGGUCAAUGGUGAAGUCGGGUGCUGUCGCUCAGAGUAAGGAGAGGCGAAACAGGGAUAUCGAAGUAGCUAGACGAUUGUCAUUGAUCGUUUUGACGGAUUUUGUGUGCUGGUUUCCGAUUUGCUGUAUGGGGUUAAUGACGCUGAACAAUGUAAUUAUCAAUAGUGAAGUCUACGCCUGGACAGCUGUGUUCAUUCUUCCCAUCAAUUCAGCCUUGAAUCCUCUACUUUAUACUAUAUCUUCUAUCCUCGGGAAAAGGGUACGUAUAAUAUUCCUAAAGUCCUUCAAUCGCUUUUUAAUACAUUCUGGAUUGCUCUUGGACAGGAUUUGCAUCUCAUAUCAAUUAAAAAGUCUGGGAAUGAGGUUUUGCCAAAAUUGUCCUUUUAAAGAAAGUGGUAUGCCAGAUUCAUAA